AAGGAUCUAACGAUGACUGCAAGCACAAAGAAUCUGGACGAAAUAUUAUAUUCUUUGGGUGGCUGUGGAAAUUUUCAGAUAGCAAUCUCUGUAUGUAUUCACGUUAUCAAGGCAUUAGUGUCGUGGAGCUUCUCAACCCUUGUAGUGAGUUCAAAACAGCCGAAAUUAUGGUGGUGCGUUGAGGAUGCUGGCAUUUUGAACAAAACCUUAUGCUUGGAAUCAAAUCUCUCUUCGACUUGCCUCGAGAACACGUGCUUUACAAAUGGAACGGCAUGCUCACGGUUCAAGUACGGUGAUUCGGUGGAAACUAUUGUCACGGAGUGGGACUUGAACUGUGACCUCAGUUUCGUACCAAGCACAAUUGCUACAAUUCAGGUGGGAGGAAUGCUUAUCGGGAACUUUCUAGGAGGUCAGCUUGCAGACAUGUUUGGAAGAAGGCCUAUCAUUAUCAUUGGAUGUUUUCUUAUCACGGCAUUUAAUUUUAUUGGCUAUUUCUCACAGUCCUGGAUUUUAUUCGCUGUUACAAGGCUAAUCAUAGGUAUUGGAUCAGGCUUCUUUUUAUCGAACCAAUACAACUACAUGUGUGAAUUCAGCACUGGGAGAUGGCGCGCUUGGACCGUCAGUGUGCCUUCUUGGUCGAUCGAAGUCUGUUUGUUUGCGCUAUUUGCGUGGCUUUUAAAAGAUUGGCGCUCAAUCCAAUUAAUGGUUUCGAUAUUUGGUAUACCUUGUAUAGUGAUGACGUGGUUUUUACCAGAAAGUCUACGCUGGUAUGUAGCCCACAACAGACACGAGGACGCUCGAAAUCUAGCAGAAAGAAUCGCUUCUGUAAAUAAAAUUCAUCUUGAAGAAGUACCAGAAAUGCCACAGUAUGAACCUGACGAAAAAAAUUACACGGCUAUAGAUUUGUUUCGCUCUUGGAGACUAGCCAAAUUAACUCUUCUUUCAGCAUCAGUGUGGAUGUCAUUGGGGCUAGUUGCGUACGGAAUCGGUUUUGGUAUACAGGCACUCUCCGGAAAUCUGUACAUCAACCUGUUCUUGUACAAUGUUAUACAAAUACCGACAAGGGCUUCAACUGCAUGGCUGCAGAACAAAUUCGGACGAAAGAAGACAUCAAUAGGUUGUUUUGCGAUUGUUGUAGUGUCAGGUUUUAUUGUUGGCAUCGUUCAGAGCGCAGAUGCUCCUCACAAAGACAAGCUGACUAAUGGGUUUGCCCUGGUGGCUGGUUUUGGAAUAGAAAUGGCCUGGGGAUCUGUACAGACCAUCACAAUUGAGUCUUUCCCCACUGUUGUUAGAACAAUCGGGUUUGGAACAGUUAGUGUGAUUGCCCGUGUUGGGGCUAUGAUAGGACCGCAGCUGGUAUAUUUUGAUAAAUACGUACCUGGCAUACUUUACUACGUAUCUGCCGCCAUGUCCGCAUUGUCUAUUGUUUGUCUGGCAUGGAUUGAGGAAACUGCCAACACCCCAAUGAGUGACAGAAUAGAAAUAAAUGUUAAGAACAUAAAGGAUUCUAGGAAGAAAAAUGUAACCGUUUAAAUAAUGAUAAAUAUUAUUAUACAUUGGUGAAUUGUUUGUCUUCUUCACUCAACAGUUUUCGUUUUAUAAAACAAUUAAAAAUCCAACUGUAUCUUUUCUUAACUGUACAAACGAACAAUUUGUAUAGAUAAUCUAUAUCGAAAACAGAGGACCGGUGUAAGAUGUUACUACGUAUCUCGGAUAGUCCUUGUUCGUUCCGUUGAUGGAAGAACGAGUAAAGUGAAGUGAAAUGAAACUGUGAUGCUCUCUGAAAGUCUACCAUGUCCUUAUUACGGUUGGUUCAGAUAAUAGUGAGUACUGCCCACAAACUACGUUGAUUGUGAGAUACGCUUUGCAUAUUCCUCUCCAAUUGAAUGUAUACAAAUUCUGACAUGGCUCACUGUUCCAUUUUCCCUACCAUUCACUUUCUACUGUUUAUAAAUGGAAACACUAACCAGAUAUGUUAAAGAUGUCAA